AUGCGCCAAGAAUCAAUCCCACUUGAUUUUCAUACUUACCCUUUUGUUAUAAAAGCUUGUGGUUGUUUGCAGAAUGGGCUUUCACUUGCCAAAACCAUUCAUUCUGAAGUAGUUAAAUUUGGAUUCUCGGAUGAUGUUUUUGUAUGCAAUUCACUUGCUUGUAUAUACUGUAAAAAUGGGGAAAUUGAGCUUGCAUACAAACUGUUUGAUGAAAGUUUGUAUAGAGAUGUGGUUACUUACAAUGUGAUGAUUGAUGGGCUCGUUAAGGUUGGCGCGCUUGAUAAAGCCCGUGAUCUGUUUGAUGAAAUGUCUGAAAGAGAUGCUGUUUCUUGGGGUACCCUUAUGGCGGGGUACACGAAAAUGAAUCGGUGCAAGGAAGUUGUUGAGCUAUUUGAUCAUAUGAUUGCUUCCAAGGUGAAGUUUGAUAAUGUUGCUUUGGUUUCGAUGCUCUCAGCUUGUGCACAGCUAGGGGAGAUUGAAAAGGGGAAGAUGGUACAUGAAUAUAUAUUGAAGAAUGGGAUAAGAAUAGAUUCAUAUUUGGGGACUGGCUUGGUGGAUAUGCAUGCAAAAUGUGGAUGCAUUGAGAUUGCUAUGGAGGUUUUUGAGUCUUGUGGAAAAAAGAAUGUGCCUUUAUGGAAUGCGUUGCUUGUUGGAUUGGCCAUGCAUGGCCGAGGAAAUUUGUUACUUCAGUACUUCUUAAGAAUGGUGGAAGAUGGUGUACAACCUGAUGGAGUGACCAUUUUAGGAGUGUUAGUUGGGUGCAGCCACUUGGGGCUUAUCGACACGGCAAAGUGGAUUUUCAGAGAUAUGGAGAGUGUUUUUGGUGUCCAACGAGAGCUGAAGCAUUACGGGUGCAUGGCAGAUUUGCUUGGUCGUGCAGGUUUGAUUGAAGAAGCCAUGGAGAUGAUCGAAGCAAUGCCCAUGGUAGGCGAUGUGUUUGUGUGGGGAGGUUUGCUUGGAGGAUGUAAAUUACACGGGAACGUUGAGGUUGCAGAAGCAGCUGCCAAACAUGUGAUCGAGGUGAAACCUGAAGAUGGCGGAGUGUAUUCGUCCAUGGCUAAUGUGUAUGCAAAUUCACAGCGAUGGGACGACUUGGUGAAGAAUGGGCGGAGUUGGCGUCACACCUGUGUUGGCGUCGCACUUCUACUGUGGUUCCGGGAAGAUGCUGGUGUUGGUGACAUAGCUAUGGUGGUGUGGGCGGCGCUGUUAGGUUGUCAUGAGGUGGUGGUGGGUCUGUUGGCGGCUGUGCUCCGUUGUGGUGGUGGCAAUAAUGGUGAUGGUGAUGAUUGUGGCGGUGAUCGUUGGUGGAAAGAAAUGGGGUUGUGA